AUGAGUGACUUAGAUAUAAAUAGUGAUGAUAAUAGUGGAGGCAGAAGAUUCGAAUGGAUGUGCGACCCACCUUGCGACGAGGGUCAUUCAAUCGAGUUGUAUCGCAAUGGAUAUCACGCUGAACUGGACAGUGGCUCAACAUUCUAUCAGAUAUUCGAACCACAGACAUCAGAGAAUGAUAACACAGCAGUACAACCUCGACUCAUACAGCAUCUAGACCACGGUCGACGUCUCAAUCGUGACAAGAUAGUACUAUGCAUGCAUGGCAUCUCAUGGUGGUCCUUCUCCUAUCACAGAUCAGUACAGCCACUCGUUCAACAAGGCUACACCGUCAUCCUGUUCGACUUCUACGGAAGAGGAAGGAGCCAGAUGAAUGACGUGGACGCAGUAUGCAACUUGGAGUACUUUUGCAAUCAAGCGUAUGAGUUGUUGAACUAUUUGAAUGUGGACAGGGUACAUUUGGUUGGAUACUCGAUGGGUGGCGCAGUAGCCACACGCUUCACAGUGGUGCACUCUGCAAGAGUGGCUCAACUCUGUCUUGUUGGACCUGCCAUCGUACCCGUACCCAUGCCCCUAGUUGCCAAGCUAAUGGUUCUCCCGUACAUUGGUCGAUUCCUAUUCAAUCUAUUUGGAGCAAGAGCAAUGGUUGCCAAGUUAGACACUGAACGAUUCAAGUUUGAUAUUGCACAGCCAGAGAAUGUUGAUCCUUUACUCAUUGAUGACCUUAUUGCCAAGGUUAAAUGGCAGAUAUUGCUCAAGCCAUCAUUCCUCCCAGCCUUCUACAGUACAAUUUAUAACAUACCAUUCGCUUACGGUCUACUCCAUCUUCUGCCUCUAAUCCAAGAUGAUAUACCUGUUGGUGUAGUACUUGGUAAACGUGAUGUAGUUGUACCAUAUGAGUUGGCCAAGUCUUUGAUCACACAUCAUCUGCCACGAUCUAGAAUGAUAUCGGUGGACUGUGGACAUGCCUUCACAGUGGAGGCACCAGAACAAUUCGCCACGAGCAUCAUCAAACUGUUGGACAACAGGUCAGAUGAUGAG